AUGUGCCAGGAGAUGGGGAAGCCCCUAGCCCAGGGCAAAGCAGAGGUGAUGAAAUGCGCUUACUUAGUUGAUUGGUAUGCAGAAAAUGGCGCAGAGUUUCUGAAAGACACGGAGUAUCCUGCACUACCGGGUUUCCAGAAGUCUUUUGUCACCUACCAGCCCCUUGGUUUGAUCCUCUCCAUUAUGCCUUGGAACUUUCCUAUGUGGCAGGUGGUGCGGAUGGGUGUGCCGACCCUCAUGGCGGGCAAUGGAGUUCUACUGAAGCAUGCGCCCAACUGCUUUGGAAGCAGCCUCCUUUGCGAGGAGCUGCUGAAGGAUCUUCUGCCGGAUGGCUUGUUCCGGUCAAUGAUCCUUGACGUGCCACAGACCAAUAAGGUCUUGGAGCAUCCGUCCAUUCAAGGUGUGGCCUUGACAGGCUCUGAAGUUGCAGGACGAGCUGUGGCUGCUAAAGCAGGGUCCCUUCUCAAGAAGGCAGUUGUUGAGCUGGGAGGAAGCGAUGCCUACGCCAUCCUGGCCGACUGCGAUUUGGACAUGGCUGCUGAGGCAGUGGUGAACGCUCGGGUGGCGAACAGUGGACAGACCUGCAUUGCACCCAAGCGGGCCAUUGUGGAGAAGAGCGUCAAGGCAGCCUUUGAGCAGAAGGUCGUGGAGAAGAUAUCUCGAAAGAAGUAUGGAGUGGACUAUGGCCCACUGGUGCAUCCUGUGGGCCGUGAUCAAGUAGCCAAACAGGUGGUCGAGACUCAAUCGCAAGGAGCCAAACUCCUUUGUGGCGGACCAGAUGUGAAAGUGCCAACAUCUGACUGUGGCAAGUCCUUCUUCCCGCCGACGGUUUUAACGGAUGUGAGACCUGGCAUGACGGCCUUCGAAACGGAGAUCUUCGGUCCAGUGAUCUCUAUCAUUGAGGCAGAAGAUGAAUUGGAGGUGAUCCGACUUGCGAAUCAGACCCACUAUGGAUUGGCUGGGGCAAUUUUCACAAGUGAUCUUCAGAAGGGCGAGCGCAUGGCUGUGAAGGAUAUUGAUGCUGGGAUGUGCUUCGUGAACGACUUUGUGCGCUCGGAUCCCUCCUUGCCCUUCGGAGGGGUUAAGAGCUCGGGUCUGGGCCGUGAGUGCGCGGCCUUUGGGAUGUUAGAGUUUGUCAAUGUGAAGACCAUUUGUGUCAAGUAA